AUGGCUGACGUCAUUGUUUCUGCCUUCUUCACUGUGUUUUUUGAAAAGAUGGCCUCCGAAGCCAUGCAAAAGAUUGCUCGUGCCAAGGGAAUUGAUUCUGAGCUAAAUAAACUGAAGAGGUCAUUAAACCGGAUCCAAGCUCUGCUUUAUGAUGCUUCUCAGAAGGAAAUAACUCAGGAAGCUGUUAAAGAAUGGCUGAACUAUCUCCAGCAUUUGGCUUAUGAUAUAGACGACGUGCUUUAUGAUUUGGCAACCGAAGCUAUGCAUCGGGGAUUCACCGAUCAAUCUGGAGUCAUCACCAACAAGGUAAGAAAGCUACUCCCAACUUGUUGCACAAAUUUCUCAUUAAGCACUAGGAUCCAUCGCAAGUUAGAUGAUAUUUCCACAAGGGUAGCUGAAAUUGGCAUUGUUGGACGUGAAGCUGAAAAGAAGGCAUUGAUUCAAAAGUUGUUGGGGGGUAAAGAUGAAUCAUGUAAUGAAAAGUUUAGCAUCGUGCCUAUAGUUGGUAUGGAUGGGGUAGGUAAGACCACUCUAGCCAGACUCUUGUACGAAGAAAAGGAAGUGAAGGAUGACUUCGAAGUUAGGGCUUGGGUUUCUGUUUCUUAUGAGUUUGAUAUCUCAAAUAUACGCAAAGUUAUUUAUGAAAAUGUGUCUGGAGAUAAUAAAAUUUUUAAAGAUUUAAAUUUGCUUCAAGAUGCUCUUAAAGAGAAACUUAAGAAUAAAUUAUUUCUAAUAGUUUUAGAUGAUGUAUGGUCUGAAAGCUAUGGUGAUUGGGAAAAAUUAGUGGGCCCGUUUCUUGCAGGGGCUCCUGGAAGUAGAAUUAUCAUGACAACUCGAAAGGAGCAAUUGCUCAAACAGUUGGGUUACGCUCAUCUAGACCCACUACAGAGUUUGUCAGAUGAUGAUGCUCUGUCAUUAUUUGCUUAA